UUUCAAGCCAAUCAAAUACAAGAUUUGACUAGCUUCUGCUCGCUUCUGUCAUUUGACAUUUGACACCGGACCAUUGUGUUUGAACGACAUUGCUUUCAAAUUUUUUUUUCUUCUGAAUAAACACCGGAACGUUGGUAUUUUUAAAAUAAAUAUUGCGAAGAGAAUGUAUGCCAGACCUGCGGGACUCUCUGACGAGGAAUCUGACGAUGAUGGAUUCUCUUUUUACGACGAGGUUCCCCAGCGCAAAAGGAGAAACGCUCAAGCAACAUCCACAACAAAAGUGCAAGCUGAAACAAACAAAACGCAAGAGCCAUGUUUCGAAGAAGGGGAACGAGAACUACAGUUCCAAGUAAUGCAUGCCUGCAUGGCAGGACACUUGGAGGUCAUAAAUGAAUAUAUUACUCUGGGUCACAACCCAAAUGAUUUUUUAAAUAGCGGAUGGACGCCGCUUCUCUAUGCCGCCUCUUCAGUUCGCCCCGAUGUAGUGGAAUAUCUGUUAUCCUUGGGAGUAGACCCAAACAAGCACAAAGAUGGAUUCACACCACUGAUGGCAUUGUGCAACGCAAAUGCAGGAACUCCGGAAGCAAGCCUAAAAUGCUUGCAGCUAUUAAUUUCAGCCAAUGGAAACGUGAACGCAACAAACAAAUACAACGAAACUGCUUUGAUGCUUGCCUGCAAAGAAGAUAAGUCUGAAGUAGUCAAAGAGCUUUUGAAACAUGUGGACAAUGUAAAUUUUAUUAAUAAUGAAGGCAAGUCGGCUUUGUUCUAUGCAGUGCUAGCUAAUAAGCCUGAAAUAUUGAAAAUUCUUUUGGAAUAUAAUGUGGAUCUAACGAUUAAAGAUAAACAUAAUUAUACCGCAAGAGAUAUAGCAAUUGCUAAAGGCUACGAUAAGUUAGCUCUGUUGCUGAGCACAGAAGCUGAUGAUCUUCUCGAAGUAGCCGAUAUAUCUGAGAAUGUCCAGACCUAUGGCUGGAGGGAUAUGUUCCCUAUGCUAUCUACAAACUCAGACAAAUACGUAAACUUUGACAUAGCGACUAUUUUAUGUGGCAUGGGUAUGGAACGGUACAAAUCCAUGUUUGAAGGAAUCGAUUUGAAAACUUUUUUGAAAUUGACGGAAGAAGACCUUGUUAAACUGGGAUUUGACAUGCCCUUUCAAAGAAGACAAUUUAUGGAAGGACUUCACAAGUUUCAUGUCAAAAGUUGGAGCGCACAUAGCAUUGGUGCUAUAAGAAAAAGCUUGCCAUACACACUUUAUGAUGGAGUUGUAUCUCUAGGGCACGCAGCAAAGCAGAUAGGUGUAAUAGGUUCCAGUAUUAGAUUUAUUAAAAAUAGUCUCGAGGGAGCAAGGAAACAAAAUCUUCAAUUAUCGGAUACAGAGAAGAUGAAGUACAGUGGUCAGCUGCAAAAAAGUCAACAGUCUUUACUAACACUUGAAAAAGAGUUAACAUAUAUGAAAACUCUUGCUAAGAAGAUUAGCAAAGACACAAAAUUAAUUCCUCCCGCUGAUUAUAUUGGACCAAAAAAAAAGAAAUCCGACUGGACCAUAAUCAUUGGUGUCACUUUGAUCAUAGGAAUGUAUCUCUCAAGGACCAACUAUAUCCAAAGAAUAUGGAAUUAAUACAUAUAUGUUGAUAGUUGAUGACUGUGUGAUAAUAAUGUUAAGGAACUUCGCAUUGAACAAUCUACUUUUACGUCAACUUUUAAAUAUUAUUUGUUACCUGUAACUAAGAUGAUUUAUACUGGAUUAAUUACUGUUAAAUAAUUCUAAUUCUUGUAAGUGCCAUGACACCCGUUAAUAUCUAUGAAAUAAUCCUAAUUAAGUUUGAUGGUGCAAUGUGCACCGUCAUCUUUCAAGACUGAUUUGAAUUGGUGUAGAUCAUGAGUUCUUCAUUGUACUUUCGCCUUGCAACUUUCAUAAAAUAUCUCCAAAGCUGGUAAGUCCAA